AUGGAAGACACCAUUGACACCGCCAUGGGGGUGUUCUCUGAUCAGUACCUUGUGUCCAAUGACAGUUUACUGUUCAACAUCACCCCAACCCACUUUCCCCCCCUGCCACCCAUAAUAGACCAGACCAUCAGCGUCACCACCAUAGUCAUCCUCUUCAUCACCAUGGUUUCACUGGGCUGUACCAUGGAGGUGUCCAAGAUCAAGGCCCACAUCCUGAAACCUAAAGGAAUAGCCAUCGCAGUGGUGGCCCAGUUCGGAGUAAUGCCCCUCACUGCCUUUUCAUUGGCUAAGGUGUUACAGCUGGAGCCGAUGGAGGCUGUAGCGGUGCUGAUCUGUGGAUGCUGUCCAGGGGGAAGCCUCUCCAACAUACUGGCCCUGGCUCUGAAGGGAGACGUGAACCUCAGUAUUGUGAUGACUACCUGCUCUACAGUUCUAGCCCUGGGUAUGAUGCCACUGCUCCUCUACCUGUACUGCCAGGGCUUCUCCAACCUGGAGAGUGCUGUUCCCUAUGCUGGCAUCACUCUGGCCCUGGUCAUGGCUCUGUUCCCCUGCAGCAUCGGCAUCCUCAUCAACUACUACAGGCCGCAGUACUCCAAGACCAUUACUAAGAUCGGUCUGUCCCUCCUGUUGAUAUCCAUGGUAGUGAUCGGCCUGUUGGCCAGCAUGACCAUAGGAAGAAUGGAUCUGAUGCUGACCGUCCUGUCCCCCCCACUCAUGGCCACUGCUGCCAUCAUGCCCCUCAUUGGCUACACCUUCGGAUACGUCCUUUCAUAUCUGUUCAGACUCAACGGAUCGGGACAGAGGACCAUCGCCAUGGAGACGGGAUGUCAGAACAUCCAGCUGUGUUCCACCAUUCUGAAGGUGGCGUUCCCUCCCGAUGUGAUUGGUCCUCUCUACCUGUUCCCUAUAAUCUACAUAGUGUUGCAGGUGGGAGAGGCCUUCCUGCUCAUCGCCCUCUUCAGGGUUCACCAGAGGUUCUUUAAAACACCAAAGAAAGGUAGGCUUGACUGA